AUGUCCAAAAAGCGCCAGCUGCUGCACAAUAUCUCAGGCGAGGUCAAGGAGGGUGAAAUGCUGCUUGUACUCGGCCGCCCUGGCUCUGGCUGCUCCACCCUUCUGCGCGUUCUGGGCAACCACUGCAAGACAUACACCAAGAUCACCGGUACCGUGUCCUACGGCGGCCUGGAGCCCAACGAGGUCAGGAGGCACUAUCGUGGCGAGGUCGCCUAUAACCAGGAGGACGACAUGCACUUUCCGACGCUGACUGUGCGCAAAACCCUCGAGUUUGCCAUCAAGUGCAAAACACCCAGUCGCCAGGUGCUCAAUGACCCCGAAGGCUACCGCCGCGAUAUGCUCGACAUGUUGCUUGACAUGUACGGCCUGACCAGCUGCGCCGACACCAUCGUCGGCAAUGCCUUCUUGCGUGGCAUUUCCGGUGGUGAGCGCAAGCGCGUCAGUAUCGCCGAACAGGUUGCUUCCGGAGCUUCCAUUGAGGUGUGGGAUGGCAGCACCAAGGGACUUGACUCCAGUUCAGCACUAGACUAUGUGCGUUCCCUGCGCAUCAACGCCGAUAUCCUCCAGAAAUCUAUUAUCGCCACCAUCUACCAGGCCUCCGAGAGUAUCUACAAGCUGUUUGACAAGGUCAUGGUCAUUGACGAGGGCCGCCAGCUGUACUUUGGACCAGCUAACCAGGCUGUUGCAUAUUUUGAGCGCAUCGGUAUUGAGAAGCCACCGCGCCAAACCACUUCUGAUUUUUUAACUGGACUGACCCGCCUCAACGAGCGCCGCGUGAUUUCUGGCUGGGAGGGCAGUGUUCCUGAGACCGCGCAGGACUUUGAGCGGCUCUGGCUCGAUUCUCCCGAGCACCAGACUAUGCUCAGCGAUGUUUCGGCCUUCGAGGAUCAGUUGCAGCGCGAUGACCGCGGCCAAGAACUGCGUGAAUUCGUCGACCGCACCAAAAUGGGCACAGGAAAGAUUCACCUGCGUCGAAAAUCACCAUACACCACAACAUUUGUGUUCCAGCUGCACCAGCUUCUCAAGCGCGAGUGGGAGAUCUUCACCGGCAACCACGCCGAAAUCAUCUUCAAGUUCUUCUACAACAUUGCCUUUGCCAUUAUCGUCGGCACGCUGUACAUUAGGCUGCCGAGGGACACUUCAAGUUACUUUACUCGCGGUGGUGUGCUUUUCUUUGCGCUUCUUUUCAACUCGCUGACAUCGAUGGCUGAGAUCCCGCGCGCGGUCACUGGCCGCCAGGUCGUCUACAAACACAAGGCCCUGGCGAUGUACCAUCCGGCCGCAUUGUCGCUGGCCCAGACUGUCGUCGAUAUGCCGUUCAUGGUGUUUCAGAUUAUUAUCUUUGGCUCUAUCCUGUACUGGGCGACAUACUUGCAGCGCACAGGCGGCCACUUUUUGGCAUUCCUUCUGUACCUCUACAUGGGCUGCCUCUGCCUGACGGCCUUCUUCCGUCUGGUCGGCAAUAUCUCGCCCAACGUCGACAUUGGCCAUACAAUUUCAGGAAUCAGCCUGCUUUUCCUCAUCCUGUAUGUCGGUUAUCUUAUUCGCCCGGGCUACAUGCACCACUACUUCAAGUGGAUCUACUGGACAAACCCAUUAGCCUACGGCUUCAAGGCGCUGGUGUCCAACGAGUACCGCGAUAUUAACUUCCCGUGCGCCUCGAACAGCCUGAUCCCGCGCGGCCCUGGAAUCGGCAUUGCCAACCAGGUUUGCACCAUAAUCGGCUCCAACCCCGGUGAGCUGCGCGUCCGGGGCAGAGACUACCUUGAGCGCACGUACAAUAUCUACGUUGACGACCAGUGGAAGGACUUUAUUGCCGUAGUGUGCUACUGGAUCGUGUUUGUCUUGCUCAUCGCGCUCACCAUGGAGUUUGUUGAGUAUGGCAACACUGGUUACACGGUCAACGUCUACAAGCGCCACCGGCCAAACAUCGACAAGCUGAUCGCCAGCUCUGAUGUCGAGUCCGCAGAUGGGAGCAACAACACCAGCAAGGGAUCUAAAAUGUUUGCUGACAUUCCUGAGGGUGGUCCGACGGACGAGCAGAUCACGUUGGGCACUACGUACACCUGGAAGAACGUGAACUACACGGUUCCGGUCAAGGGCGGUGAGCGCCAGCUCCUGCACGAGGUAUCGGGCUACAUUAAGCCGGGCACAAUGACCGCACUGAUGGGCUCGUCAGGAGCCGGUAAAACCACCCUGCUGGACGCCCUGUCGCAGCGCAAGACCAUCGGAAAACUCGAAGGCGAGAUGCUGAUGAACGGCGCGCCCCAGCCCAUUAGCUUCCGCCGCAUCACCGGCUAUUGCGAGCAACUGGACGUGCACAACCCGUAUGCCACAGUGCGCGAGGCCCUGCGUUUCUCUGCCGCGCUGCGCAGGUCGGCCAAAGUCAGCACCACAGAUCGCGAACGCUAUGUCGAGUAUGUGAUCAAACUCCUCGGUCUCUCGGAUAUUUCCGACUGCCUGAUCGGCGACCCCGAGUCAAGCCAGGGCAUUUCGUUAGAGGAGCGCAAGCGCCUGACCAUUGGCGUCGAGCUUGUGGCCAAACCCAAAAUACUGUUCCUCGACGAGCCCACCUCGGGACUCGACGCCCAGGCCUCCUACUCCAUUGUCCAAUUUAUGCGCAAGCUCGCUGCCGACGGUCAAACCAUCCUGUGCACUAUCCACCAGCCUUCCGCGCUGCUCUUCGAGCAGUUUGACCGCCUGCUGCUUCUCGUGCGCGGUGGUCGCACGGUGUACUUUGGCGACCUUGGCAAGGACGCACACAAGCUGAUCGAGUACUAUGAGAAAAACGGCGCAGACAAGUGCGCGCCCAGCGCUAACCCGGCAGAGUACAUCUUGGACGUCGUUGGCAAUAAGUCUCGCGACACUGACUGGGCACAGAUCUGGAACGACUCGCAAGAAAAAUCUCAUAUUGUUGCCGAGGUCGACCGCAUCAAUCAGCUCAAGCUGGACAGCGGCAGUCCUGAUGCGGAUGCCGAGCUGGAUUCCUCACGCAAGUAUGCACAGCUCCUACCAUUUCAGAUCCAAAUUGUCACCAUGCGCAUGUUCCGGUCUCACUGGCGUGACCAGCAGUAUAACCUCACCAGGCUCGCACUCCAGAUUAUCUGCGCCCUGGCCGUCGGUUUCUCCUUCAUCAAGACAGGGAACAGCACGGCCGACACACAGAAUAAGGUGUUUGCAAUUUUUGAGACCGCUGUGCUGUCAAUUUUGGUUAUUAACCAGGUGCAGCCACAGUUCCUGCGCCAACGCUUAUACUACAGUCGAGAGACAUCCACGAACCAGUACGGUUGGGAGGCCUUUUCCUUUGCAAUUAUCGUCACCGAAUGGCCAUUUUCGAUUUUCUGCAACACCGUGUUUUUCGUCUGCUUCUACUGGCUCGUUGGCCUCAACAGCCUAACGGACCGCACAGGGUACUUUUACAUUGCGUAUAUCCUGCUCGGACUAUUCUCAGUCAGUCUUGGCCAAGCUAUCGCGGCUUUCUCGCCCAACGACGUUGUCGCUUCAAUGCUUAACCCGAUAUUCACUACCAUGAUGACUUUGUUCUGUGGUGUCACCAUUCCUUAUACGCAAAUGCCCCGUUUCUGGCGCUCCUGGAUGUAUUGGCUAUCGCCAUACACGUAUUUCAUCGAGGGUGUCAUCACUAAUGACCUGCACCAGACGCCGGUUCGGUGCAAAACCCGUGAACUGUUUAGUUUUGCCCCCGCUGGUGGCCAGUCUUGUGGCCAGUUUGCCGGUGACUGGAUAGCCUCGGCUAGUGGCUAUAUUCAAGAUUUGGGCGCAACAGGUAAUUGCGAGUAUUGCCCGUAUGCAGUUGGCGACCAGUUCUAUAAGGAACUUAAUUGGUCGUUUAAUCACCGCUGGCGCAACUGGUGUAUCCUACUUGGGUUCACUCUGUUUAAUAUUUUCUUUACGGUGUUUAUGACGCGCAUCUACAAGGUCAACAAGCGGUGA